CUAUAUAUUCCUUCAUGACUGCAUCCCUUCCAUAAUCUCAUAGAGAAAAAUCCAAAGCACGCACAUACCCCCGAUCUCUGUGUUGAUGGAAAAUAUAUCUGAGGCAUCACCAUCACCAUCACCAGGGAGUUCUUCCUUGGCAAGUCUAAGUAUUCAAAUGGUCUCGAAAUCAGUCUCCGAGAGACUUCUUGGUAAGUUCUUUGAUGCAUCUCAAUAUGACUUCGAUUAUGAGCAAAGUGGUCUUUGGUCUCCACCAAUACCUGCCAGAAGGGUUUUCUUGGCUUCACCAGCAGGCCAUAUUUACUCCCAAGGUGAGUUUUUCUCGGAGCUCAAGAAAGGAAAGAGAGCGUGUAGAAGGCGCAUUGCUUGCUUCAAUGCCUUUUGGUGCACUUCAAGACGACAACCUUGAUUGGUGCCAUCCCCGCCUUAUUUUUUUCUUUUACAAAGGCAUGUUUAGUCUCAAUCACUAUUCCCAAGCUGCAUUGGGAAGCUUAAUGGAUGAUAGUCAAAAAGGUUCAAUUCAAAAUAUUGAACCCCAAUAAUAUAUAUAUAUAUAUAUAUAUAUAUAUAUAUAUAUAUUGAAAGUGGAAGAAGUAGUGAUUAGGGAAGUUUCAUACCCAUAUUAUGUAGACAAUUAAUUAGUUUACUAACUUGCCACAUGAACUGCUGAUUUAUUAUUUUUAAUUAUUUUUUAGAAUGCCACUUGACGCUUCAUACCCGUAUUAAGAUCCCUUGGCACUUGACGCUUUGGCUAUUG